AUGGCCACCUCAAGAAUGUUCCAAAUUCUCAUUCUCACAUUUUUACACUACUCUUCAUCAGCAUCAAUUCUUGCAGCCAAUUCCACCUACAAUGUGCUUUCCUACGGGGCAAAAUCCGACGGAAAAUCCGACUGCACCAAGGCAUUUCUAACUGCUUGGGGUGCCGCCUGCGCCUAUGCUUCCCCGGCCACCGUGUACGUGCCAUCGGGGAGGUACCUUUUGGGAAAUGCAUAUUUUGACGGCAGCUCCUGCAAAAAUACUGACAUAACCAUACAGAUUGAUGGGACUCUUGUAGCCCCAUCCAAUUACAAUGCCAUUGGUAAUACUGGGCAUUGGCUCAAAUUCGAAAAGGUCACCGGAGUUUCUAUCCGCGGCGGAACCUUAGAUGGUCAAGGCGCCAAUUUGUGGGAAUGCAAAAAUUCCGGCAAGAAUUGUCCAACUGGAGCAACGUCAGUGGCAUUUCUCAAUUCGAACAACGUGAAGAUCAAUGGAAUGGCUUCCCUAAACAGUCAAAUGUUCCACAUCGGCAUUGAUGGGUGCCGCGAUGUUAGCCUCCAAAACAUAAAAAUAUCUGCGCCGGAAAACAGCCCCAACACCGACGGAAUCCACGUGGAGGAGUCGUCGCGAGUUUCCAUCACCAACUCCCGCAUUGCCACUGGCGACGACUGCGUCUCCGUUGGCCCCGGGACCUUCGACUUGUGGGUCGAAAACAUCACCUGCGGCCCCGGCCACGGUAUAAGUAUUGGAAGUCUAGGGUGGGAAUUGAAUGAGGCAGGAGUGGAAAAUGUGACGGUAAAAUCGUGUAUGUUCACCGGAACCCAAAAUGGUGUUAGAGUAAAGACAUGGGCGAGGCCUAGCCAUGGAUUUGUUAGAAAUAUUCAUUAUCAGCAUCUAACUAUGCUUAAUGCGGAAAACCCCAUAAUUAUCGACCAAAAUUACUGCCCCCACGACGGAAAUUCAUGCCCCAAUCAGUCAUCGGGCGUGAAAAUUAGCGAUGUGACGUAUGAAGAUAUACACGGAACGUCAGCGACGGAAGUUGGAGUGAAGUUGGAGUGCAGUAAAACGCAGGCAUGCAGGGGAAUAACGUUAGAUGAAGUUGUGCUGCGGUAUAAGGAUGAGUCAUCUACGGCUUCCUGUGAUAACGUCGUUGAAAACGUGGCUGGGGUAGUCAAGCCCUUGAACUGCUCACGUGCGUGA